CCAAGAAAAUGAUAAAGUAAAAUUCGAUUUAACACUAAAAAUAAACCUAUUUGCUUUUUCUUGUUUGUACACGUUACCUUUUCCGGUUUUUAAAUGAGCACAACUUAAUUAUGCGCGUGAUCACUUGUCACAACACGCAAAAGCCCUCAAGCGUUCUCUAUCUCGCAUAAAUUAGGUAUGAAGGAAUUGAGUCUGCCAACGAUUAUAACAUCAAUGAAGACCAGAAGUGUUAAAAUGCACUUGUCAAUGGCAUUUUUGAUGGUCUUCGCUCUUAGAAUCGGGAACUCUUGUCAAAAUAUUAACAGUGACGAAGAUCAUGACGGCAAAUACACGAUGCACGUUUCAGACGUUUACCAAACGGCAGUGGAACGGGAUUACGAGAGCGAAAACCCCAAAGUUUGUGGGGCAGAUGUGAAAUGUCACACCAACGAAAUGUCAAUAUCUCUUCCUAAGUCCUUACUUGUUAGCAUCGACCGAGAAAACCUUCAGCUCCUGGAUCCAACCUGUACGGCAACGGAAAAUAGUACGCAUUUUGUUCUAACAACGACUCUGAUUGGAUGCGGGACCUCCAGCAGUCAGACUGAGAACAGCCUGGUAUACAGUAACAGGGUUCGUCAUGUUCCUCCGGGGACAGCAGUUAUCACGCGAGCACCAGAGGUUCAAAUUUCUUUCAGCUGCCAUUACUCUAAAUAUGGUUUUGUGUCAACUGGAGCUCUACGCAGUGAAAAAAGAACAAAUAUAAACAGGGCGGCAGAAAGAGUAUUCGAUGAAGAUAUCUGCUGGAAUAACAGGUUUCUGCUGUAUCGUCGCAGCUUUACAUGUCCGAGGGAAUUGACAGCAUAUACCCUUGAUUUACAUGACCAGAACAGAGAAGACAAAUGACAGUUCAGGAGACUCAACCGGGCCUACAAAGGCAACUCGAUACUCAGCAGAUGGAAUUCGGAGCUAACUUUAUUUGGCUCAUUUGGGGUCUGUAGGGGUUUGGUGUGUGUGGAAGCUCAAUAUUUAAUCGCCUAUAAAUAGGUCUUGGGCUGGAGACGAGAACCUUCUAACAGUAAGCUCCACACCAGAUACACCAAAUGGGGCUCAUCAAGGUUACCAGAGUGGCGGAGUCACAAAUUACCAUGUCGAUUAUUUAAUACCUUAUGAACUAAAAGCAUUUUUUUUUUUGAUGUUUUCACUUGCCCAAUGCGAUAAGGUCGAAUCCACCUAUUUGGGAAACUUUUUUUGUAGCUAGUAAUUUACCUCAAAGAGAUUUUUCUAGCUCGAAGUCAACCAAAGGCUUCGUCCAUUACUCAUUACAUUUAUGUGUGUAAAUUACUCUCAUGAUAUGAUUUGUGUUCAUGUGUAAUUGUAUAUCUGUAUUUAUGCCAGUUUAGACUAUUUACCAAUAAAAAUACAAUUAUUGGCCAACCUUUCCUCAGCAAAUUUUAAACACUGGAAUUUUUGAAGUUGAACGAGCUUUGUAACUCUUUAACACAUAAUCUAUGCAUCCUGAUCUUACUGUCUUGAAAGUUCCCAUAAUAAGUGCGAUCUUGUCAAAAUUUGUCUCAUUU